CACAGCUCCGGUCUGUGCCGCGGCUCAGUUCUCGGCCACAACGAGAUGUUAGACAGACGCCCCCAAAAGCGCUCGCAGAAAACACGCGAACCUGCCGAAGGCUGCCAAAUCAAUGGUCAUCAAUUAAUCAGGGGUUGAUAGGGUUAUUUAUGCCCUCAGAAAGGACAAGAACUGACUUGUUGUGCCUGCAAGACUUCCUCGCUAGCCAUCGCUUCGUUUUGGCAGAGGUGAAAGUGUUUUGGCGCUCUAGACAUCGAUAAUCUUGAAUGGAAAGUGAUGAGCUGACAAUUGAACAAUAAACUCCAUCGAGCAGCAACACCAACCUUAUCUCCUCGAUAAGGUCCAUAAUCAAACACCAAUCAAUGGCAAUCAGCAGUCUGUCACCUCUCGAUCAUCAGCUCCCUAAAAAUGUUGUUACAGGGCAAUCAGAGGCCGCGAUCAUCCGCUGAUUUGCCCCCCCUUUCGGGCCCUGGCAGGGGUAUGUUCCGACUCAAGGACACCGCCACCAUGUUGAUUUUGACUGAUAAUAGAAACGAAACCGAAAUUGUUGUAUCUAUCGAGAGCUUGACGCAAGCUGCCAUCAUCUUCGUUAUGGCUGCUUCCAUUAUUAUUCUAAAUGUGCUGGUAGUGAUGACAAUUCUUAAUUAUAAAGGUCCUUCAGAAGUAAUAAAUUGCUACCUCCUGAGCCUGGCCAUUGCUGAUCUGUUGUGCGGCGUAUUCGUUAUUCCCCUGUCGAUAUAUCCAGCCGUAGUUAGGGAUUGGAUAUACGGCGAUGUAUUGUGCAGAAUGGUCGGCUACCUAGAAGUGACCUUAUGGGCUGUUGUAGUUUACACUUUUAUGUGGAUCAGCGUAGACAGAUACCUUGCGGUUCGAAAGCCUCUGCGUUACGAAACCUUACAAACCAAAACUAGAUGCCAAUGCUGGAUGGCUUUCACCUGGAUCUCGGCAGCAAUGCUCUGCAGUCCUCCGCUGUUAGGAUUCACCAAGCCCGUCUUCGAUAAAGACGCUUUCGUAUGCAUGCUCGACUGGGGCAGCAUGGCCGCCUACUCAGUUACCCUAUCUAUUCUCGUAUUAGGCCCUAGCUUGAUAACCAUAGUUUAUACGUACACGUACAUUUUUAAUAUGCUAAGGAAAAUCAGGAGUGGCUUCCCGUUUCACGAUAAGGAGUACGCCACUGCCCUUUCGGAAAAUUUAUCAAAUCCUAGUCAUAUGAUGUCGUUUUCGCUGAUAGUUGCGUUCUGGUUGUCCUGGACUCCUUAUAUAGGUGUUAAAUUUUACGAAUACUUCACUGGACUGAGGCUCCAGAUUCAAUACCUUCAUUUCGGUAUAAUAUGGAUCGGUUUCAUGAACUGCUUCUGGAAGUCGAUGUUACUAAUAAUGCUUAGUCCACAGUUUCGUUUAGCUUUACGAAUCUUCUUCAUGACAAUCUGCUGCAAAUACAAGGGUCGACUGCAGGCCGAACUCAUAGGUAUGGAGGCUGAUGAUUGACUACCCAUCACUCGUGCCAGCCUCUGGACAGGGAUAAACUUUCCGUUCACAGGACUGGCAGUUAGAGACUUCGAGUAUUUCAUCAGGAAAAUACGAGAAUAUUGGUAUCAGUAUUCAAUAGGUGGCCAAGUGCAUCGUCAUCGAUGAAUAUUUUGUGAUAAUCGUUACAAAAAUUAAUUUUAAAUGUGAAUAAUGUAAUAUAUUUUAAAAUGCGAAGGUCAAUUAAUAAUAAAUGUUUAUAGGUUUCAAAAAAUAAAACUGAAUAUAAACUCU